GUUGCCUGCUCGGGUUUUGGUUGGAGGGGACUGUGUGGGUGCGGGUUAACCCCUCCCUCUCCUCUCUCACAUUUCACUUCAGAAAUUUGUCACUCUCUCCCCACCGCAGCAUUUAAAAGUGUGUCUCCGCAGCCCGGUCCAGCCCUCUGCAGGCAUUUGCCGAGGGCUCCGGGCGAGCACUCCAUCAGCGGGCGCGUCUGGGCUGGGACAGUGAAAAUGUUUAGUGUCCUCGGCGACAAACACACGCACAGGGGAUCCCGCUAGGCAGGCUGGUGCGUCCGGGGGCAGGAAGCCAGGAGUGAAGUCGGACAUAAGUGUGUGCACACACAUACGCACGUGUGUGGACUUAAGAGACUUGAGUUUUGGGUUUUGUUUUGGUUCCUGGGGUGAACUUUCUGUUGAACAUUUUGCCCUGCUAUUUAAUUUUUAAUUUUUUUUUUUUUGCAUUUAAAAAAAAAAUUGAAUAUAAAAAGGGUAAGAAUCGAACCUUUGAAAGACUGAGGCGCGCUGCAGACAGCAGAUGGAUCCCGUGGCCAGCAGCUGCAUGCGGAGCCCCCACCCCCCGGCCCCCGUCUGGGGCUGUCUUCGAAAUCCCCACUCUGAAGGCAGUGGGGCCUCGGGGCUACCCCACUACCCGCCAACCCCGUUCUCCUUCCACCAGAAACCAGACUUCCCGGCGACAGCAACAGCAGCGUACCCCGACUUCUCGGCCUCCUGCCUGGCGGCCACCCCGCACAGCCUGCCCCAGGAGGAGCGGGUCUUCACUGAGCAGCACCCCGCCUUCCCACAGCCCCCCGACUGGCACUUCCCUGUCUCAGAGGCCCGGCGUAGGCUCAACCCGGGCCCAACGGGGGGCUCCAGGGAGAUGGGGGCCAGCAGCCCAGGUCUGGUGGAUGCCACGGGAGGCCCAGGAGAGGACUAUGAGGUCCUUGGGAGCACUGCCAAUGAGACGGAGAAGAAGUCAACCAGACGGAAAAAGGAGAGUUCAGGUCAAAGUGUGGUUCCAGAACCGAAGGAUGAAGUGGAAGCGUGUGAAGGGGGGGCAGCCCAUCUCCCCUCAUGGGCAGGACCCCGAGGAUGGGGACUCUGCAGCGUCUCCAAGUUCAGAGUGAGAUUCUCCGUGGAGAAUAAAAGACUGAGGACAGAGCCCCUACCCAGCUCCCCCAGCCCAAUCCCACUGUCACCUUCUUCCACCUACCCCAGGGCAGCCUUUCCACAUCUUGCAGUGACCCUUGGAUAUGAAGCUGCCUAGUGUUCCCGGGAGCCUUGAAGUUUUCCAGAAAGUUCUGUCCAGCAUUGCUGCCUUAGCUACCCCUUUCCCAGGGCCUUUUCUUCCCACAAUUUUUGUGACUCAUUCAGCGGCCAGGUCAGACCUGAGUGAAUCCGGGGAGCAACUCCGGGGACACUGCUUCUCGGGGUCCCUUGGCUGCUGCCACACCUUCCCCUACCACCUCCUCCCACAUCGGCCAGGCCUCCUCCAGGUCUGAACACUGCCUGGCCUGCUGGGAGAGGAGCCUUGGGACCAGCUGGUGACUCAUGAAAGCUAAUGCUUCCCAAGAAAGGAAAUGACUGAGACAGACAGACACACACACACCCCGAGACCACCUUUCCUUUCUGGGCUCUAUAGCUGAGCCUUUGGAGGCCCUGAGUUGUCCCAAAACCCCUGGGAAAAUCAGUGUGAGGAGGGUUGAGGACAGAAACUCAGCUGCUGCAAAUCAGAAACCAUCCCUGUCUCCGAAUGUGUUGGCUGUUAGGUGGGCAAGUGUAUUAGCACUGGCUGGAAGAAGACAGCGGGGAAAACUUCCUGGUAUACAUCUCUGCGGUCCUGUACAGGCCCGUUCACACUGGCUUAACU